GGAUUUUUGCAUGGAUGCUUCUUGAUAUAAUAACAUUUCAGAUACUCAAUUGCCUUGAAAUCUCUUCAAGAUGACUUCAUCUCAGGUGGACGGCGAUGAUAUCAGGCUAGCGACUUCACAAGUCAAUGUUAGGCACUCUGAAGAGAUGCUGAACUACUCCGACGAUGCAUCAUCUCAUAAUUCUGAAGGGCCCUCUAAUUCCAAGGAGGGAGGAAGCAAUUCCCGAAGCCCCGAUUCUAAGAUUUCCAUCUCAAAGGCACGUCCAGGAUUUCACCGGGCAGAAACCAGGUCUGUGAUUGAGGACAGCGACAAAAACGAGAUUUUUCGAAUUGCGACGGCGCUUUCCGGUCGCCAUUUCGUCUCCACUGCCGGUGAGGACCCGUCUCGCGUCCACACUCUCAUUACUCAUGACGAAGACUCCCCGGCCUUGGACCCGCAAAGCGAUGAAUUCAGUUUGGAGAAGUGGCUCCAGAAUUUUGUGAAGACACUUCGCGAGCAGAACAUCACGGCGAAGCAGACUGGUGUGGCGUUCAAGGACCUCAAUAUCACAGGCACGGGAGCUGCAGUCCAGGUCCAAGAGACGGUUGCAUCGAUUCUGCUAGCUCCUCUACGACCCGGCGAGUUUUUCAGCUUCGGAAAGAAGGAACACAAGCAGAUUCUCAGAAACUUUGAUGGACUGCUUAAAAGUGGUGAGCUUCUGAUUGUGCUGGGUAGACCGGGAUCCGGAUGCAGCACUCUUCUCAAGUCGCUUUGCGGAGAGCUCUAUGGUUUGAGUGUGGAUGAAAAAUCCAUAAUUCAUUACGAUGGAAUCCCUCAGAAACUUAUGAAGAAGGAGUUUAAGGGCGAAGCCAUCUACAAUCAAGAGGUUGACCGACACUUCCCUCACCUCACGGUUGGCCAGACCUUGGAGUUUGCCGCCUCUGUUCGGACGCCAUCUCAACGAAUUAACAACAUGAACCGCGAGGACUUUGUACAAUAUGUCGCCAAGGUUGUCAUGGCCGCGUUUGGUCUCAGCCAUACCUACAACACCAAAGUGGGCAAUGACUUCAUCCGUGGUGUCUCCGGUGGAGAGAGAAAGCGAGUAUCUCUCGCGGAGAUGGUCCUUUCCGGUUCGCCUUUCUCUGCUUGGGAUAAUAGCACUCGUGGUCUCGACUCAGCUACUGCCCUUAAGUUCGUCUCUGCAUUGAGAAUGGCUGCCGACAUAGGCCGGCGUGCUAAUGCUGUGGCAAUCUACCAAGCCAGUCAAGCUAUAUAUGAUCUUUUCGAUAAGGCCAUCGUGCUCUAUGAGGGCCGGCAGAUCUACUUUGGCCCAGCAGAGCAUGCCAAAGACUUUUUCGAGAGGCAGGGUUGGUAUUGUCCCCCACGGCAAACCACUGGCGACUUUCUUACAUCGGUCACCAACCCAAUCGAGAGAAAGGCACGAUCUGGGAUGGAAAACCAGGUCCCGCGAACUCCAGAUGAGUUUGAGCAAUAUUGGCGUAAGUCGCCUGAGUACUGCGUGCUGAAGCAGGAUAUCGAGGCGUACGAGGUUGAGUACAUGGUUGAACGUCAGGGAGAGAGUGUCGCCCAACUUCGCGAGGUCAAAAACAUGCAGCAGUCCAAACACGCUCGACCCAAAUCCCCGUACACUCUCAGCAUCCUGAUGCAGGUCAAGCUCUGCACGAAGCGGGCCUAUCAACGCAUUUGGAAUGACCUCUCAGCAACUGCAACACAAUGUUUCGUGCUGCUCGUCAUGGCUCUUAUCAUUGGAUCCAUCUUCUAUGGAACGCCCGAUGCAACUGCUGGAUUCUAUGCCAAAGGCUCUGUUUUAUUUAUGGCUGUUCUUCUUAAUGCGUUAACGGCCAUUUCAGAAAUCAGCGGUCUUUAUGCUCAGCGACCGAUCGUAGAGAAACAUGCUUCAUUUGCUUUUUACCAUCCUGCUUGUGAGGCUGCCGCUGGCAUCGUGGCCGAUAUACCGAUUAAAUUUGCUACUGCGUCUGUCUUUAACAUUGUGCUCUACUUUAUGGCUGGAUUGCAACGAAAGCCAGGCAAUUUCUUCCUCUACUUCCUGAUUACUUACAUAUCUAUGUUUAUUAUGAGCGCUGUCUUCCGCACGAUGGCAGCCAUCACGAAGACGGUCUCCCAGGCUAUGACCUUAUCGGGAGUCAUGGUCCUCGCCCUUGUUGUCUAUGUCGGAUUCACCAUUCCCCCUCCAGAGAUGAAGGUUUGGUUCUCCUGGAUCCGGUGGAUCAAUCCAAUCUAUUAUGCCUUCGAAAUUCUUGUUGCCAAUGAAUUCCACGGUCGUCAAUUUGUCUGCUCUAGUAUCAUCCCACCUUAUACGCCUCUUGUCGGAAAUUCGUGGAUUUGCGCUGCUACUGGCGCUGUCGCUGGACAGGAUUAUGUGAGCGGAGAUGCCUUCAUUGCCGAACAAUACGAGUACUACUACUCUAACGUGUGGAGGAACUUUGGUAUUCUUUGGGCUUUUCUUAUCGGUUUAAUGGCUAUCUACUUUGUCGCCAUCGAACUCAAUUCCUCAACAAGCAGCACUGCUGAGGCUCUUGUCUUCCGAAGAGGUGGUGUGCCGGCUCAUUUGCGCGCAGGUCAAAAGCAAUCUUCGAAAGAUGAAGAGACGCCAGUGGAUUCAACCAACGAGGGGAGCGCCAAUGGUGGAGACGUCAAGGCAAUCGAACCUCAGAAGGAUAUCUUUACCUGGCGCAAUGUUAUAUAUGAUAUCGAGAUCAAGAAAGAGCAAAGAAGGCUUCUGGAUCGCGUCUCUGGUUGGGUCAAGCCAGGCACGUUAACUGCGCUGAUGGGCGUCAGUGGUGCUGGAAAGACAACAUUGCUGGAUGUACUAGCGCAACGUGUGAGCAUGGGCGUCAUUACUGGCGACAUGCUUGUGAAUGGCAAGCCUUUUGAUGCCAGCUUUCAGCGCAAGACGGGCUACGUGCAACAGCAAGACCUGCACCUCGAAACUGCUACUGUCCGCGAGAGUCUACAGUUUAGUGCAAUGCUAAGGCAACCGAAGUCCGUUAACAAGAAGGAAAAGUACGAGUUCGUCGAAGAGGUCAUCAAAAUGCUCAAUAUGAAGGAGUAUGCAGACGCCGUCGUCGGUGUUCCAGGCGAGGGUCUCAAUGUCGAGCAACGAAAACUCCUGACUAUUGGAGUUGAACUGGCCGCUAAGCCAAAGCUGCUUCUGUUUCUCGAUGAACCGACCAGUGGUCUUGAUUCACAGAGUUCUUGGGCUAUCUGCUCGUUCUUACGAAAGCUGGCUGACGCUGGACAGGCUAUACUGUGUACUGUCCACCAGCCAAGUGCGAUUCUCUUUCAAGAAUUUGAUCAUCUGCUCUUCCUGGCUAAGGGUGGCAAGACUGUAUACUUUGGAAAUAUCGGAUAUAACUCGCAAACCAUGCUAGAUUAUUUUGAGUCAAAGGGAGCCCGAAAGUGCGGCAAGGAAGAAAACCCGGCCGAGUAUCUUCUGGAAAUUGGCAACAGCGGAUCCAAUAGUGAGGGCAAAGAUUGGCAUACCGUCUGGGAUGAGAGUGAAGAGCGUGCGGCCGUCGAAACCGAGAUUGAUAGAAUUCAUGGCGAGAAACAGGCUGAAAAGGUAGCGGGAGAAGACGACUCUAACUCCCGGGCCGAGUUCGCAAUGCCGUUUAGGUAUCAAGUUCAGGAAGUUACCUAUCGAGUUUUCCAGCAGUAUUGGAGGAUGCCUAGUUACAUCUUUGCCAAAUUCAUUCUAGGUAUCGCUGCUGGUUUGUUUAUUGGAUUUUCAUUUUUUAAAGCGAACGACACAAUGGCCGGAGUGCAGGAGGUCAUCUUCGCUGUGUUCCUACUAACAACAAUCUUCUCAACUCUCGUACAGCAGAUUCAACCGCUUUUUAUUACGCAACGAGCGCUAUACGAGGUUCGAGAGCGUCCGAGCAAGGCGUACUCGUGGAAGGCAUUCAUUACGGCUAAUGUUAUCGUGGAAAUUCCCUUUCAGAUUAUUACUGGAGUUUUUAUUUACGCCUGCUUUUACUACCCUGUUAUGGGCAUCCAAAGCUCUGCUCAGCAAGGAUUAAUCCUUCUCUUUACCAUCCAGCUCUUUAUCUAUGCCAGUACCUUUGCGCAUAUGACCAUUGCCGCUAUGCCGGAUGCGCAGACAGCAGCCAGUAUCGUUAUCCUCCUUUCUCUGAUGAGCACUAUCUUUAGUGGUGUACUCCAGACUCCGUCUGCUCUUCCGGGAUUCUGGAUUUUUAUGUACCGCGUUUCGCCAUUCACGUACUGGAUCGGUGGCAUUGUAUCGACGGCGCUUCAUGGUCGACAGAUUACCUGUUCGGAGAAAGAGACGUCGGAAUUUAACCCACCUAGCGGUUUAACCUGCGGUGAAUAUCUUGAACCAUUUCUCAAAGAAGCUCCUGGAACGCUGCAGAACCCUAAUGCCACGGAGCAAUGCCGGUAUUGCUCAGUAAGCACCGCCGACCAAUACCUUGCAGCCUUCCAGGUCUACUGGAGUGAGCGAUGGCGCAACUACGGGAUCUUCUGGGCUUAUAUAGGGUUCAACACCAUCAUGGCGGUUGUCUUGUACUACGUAUUCCGGGUGAGGAAGUUGGGAAAACGUUAAGGUGAGGGGUGCGGAUAAGUACUAGGUUGUAACAAUCUACAAAGGCAGCAUAUAUUUGCAGUGAGGAGGAAGCAACUGGACGUAGCGAAUAUGAU